GGGACGCCCGCAUCACGCCAUUGCAUACCUUAAUAUUCUUGGCUUUCCGCCGCUUCCAAUUCCCAUUCCCAUCGAUUUGCAACCACCACCAGCAGCAUUGCUCAAAUCGCCCUCCGCCUACACAGAGAGAGAUAGAUAGAGAUAGAGAGAGAGAGAGAGAGAGAGAGAGAGAGGACCAAUCUCAAUGGCGGCGAGUACAGAGGGAGUGAUCAGCAACAAACAGGUGAUACUGAAAGACUAUGUGACUGGCUUCCCCAAAGAAUCUGACAUGCAACUCACCACCGCCACCACCAAGCUCAAGCUUCCAGAAGGUUCCAAAGGGGUUCUGGUGAAGAACCUCUACUUGUCCUGCGACCCUUAUAUGAGAAGCCGCAUGACCAAGCGUGAACCUGGCGCCAGUUAUGUUGAUUCCUUCAACGCCGGUUCGCCUAUAGUCGGAUAUGGAGUCGCCAAAGUUUUGGAAUCCGGGGAUCCCAAGUUUAAGAAAGGCGACUUGAUUUGGGGAAUGACCGGGUGGGAGGAAUACAGUGUCAUCACUGCAACAGAGUCUUUGUUUAAGAUUCAGCACACUGAUGUGCCUCUCUCUUACUAUACUGGAAUUCUUGGUAUGCCUGGAAUGACUGCUUAUGUUGGGUUUUAUGAGAUCUGCAAUCCUAAGAAGGGAGAGACAGUCUUCGUUUCAGCAGCAUCUGGAGCAGUAGGUCAGCUUGUUGGCCAAUUUGCAAAGUUGUUGGGUUGCUAUGUUGUUGGAAGUGCUGGAAGCAAAGAAAAGGUUGAUCUGCUGAAGAACAAGUUUGGGUUUGACGACGCUUUCAAUUAUAAAGAAGAACCUGAUUUGGAUGCAGCUUUAAAAAGGUACUUUCCUGAAGGCAUUGACAUAUACUUUGAAAACGUUGGGGGGAAAAUGCUUGAUGCAGUGCUACAGAACAUGAGGGUCCAUGGCCGGAUUGCAGUUUGUGGGUUGAUAUCGCAGUACAACCUUGACGAGCCUGAAGGUUGUCGCAAUUUAAUGUAUCUGAUCAUUAAACAGGUUCGCAUGCAAGGUUUCCUGGUUUUUAGUUACUACCAUCUUUACGAGAAGUUUCUUGAAAUGUUUCUGCCGGCGAUAAAAGAAGGGAAGAUAACGUAUGUGGAAGACGUGGUGGAAGGACUUGAGAGCGCUCCAGCCGCUCUGAUAGGGCUCUAUGCCGGCCGCAAUGUAGGAAAGCAGGUGGUUGUAGUUUCCUGUGAAUGAUUUCAUCAGGCUCUCCAUGCCUCCGAAAUAUCACCCUUUAGCCAUACGGUGUAAUCGUCUCGUGUGAAAUGCAAAUACGUUGACAUUUAUCCCCACGAGAACUGUGCUUGAUCUCUUACCUUAAGCUAUAAAUAAAUGUGUUUUGACUUCCUUAA